CCCAAAAAGAGAUUUCACACGUAUACAUGUAUCAAUUCAUAUUGUCGAUGUCCUCUUCUCUCUCAUCCUCGAAGUGGAGAACCGGCUGCGGCAAUAAAACAAACAUUGAUCCGGCUCUAGCAACGUUGAGGUUGCUUUGAGAGAUCUUGUACUUUCAGACUAUGCCAAAAAAAAACAAUGUGAACACGUCAGCAUUGACACAAUCUGAGAUUCGUGAUAUAAUACUUGGUGCUGAGAUUACUCCACCCUCACAACAAAGACAACAAAUUGCAGAAAUUGAGAAACAGGCAAAAGAAGCAAGUCAACUCAUAGCAGUCACUACGAGGACAACAAAUGUUUAUGGUGAUGAACUCAUUGUCACUACCACAAGUCCCUAUGAACAAAAUGCAUUCAGGUCUAAAACUGAUUGGCAUAUGAGAGCAAUUUCAGCUACGAAUCUUUAUCUCCGAGUGAAUCAUAUAUAUGUGAAUUCAGAGGACAUAAAGGUGAUGAUGAUACUAAUGGUCAUAUUGACAACUUGUGCUAUUUUGUGAAGCCUGGUGUGGCUUUGUUGUCCUGGACUAAUGAUGAAUCAGAUCCUCAGUAUGAGCGAUCUGUGGAAGCCUUUUCUGUUCUCUCUCAUGUUACCCAACGCUAAAGGUAGAAAACUAGAAAUUAUUAAACUCCAUGUACCUGGGCCACUUUACAUGACAGAUGAAGAGGCAGCAUGACUAAUUCAGGCAAACAUGAUUCUUAGAAUUUUACUGUCACAACUCUGUAUCGGUUCUGGCUACUCUUUAUCCACUAACUGAAAAGUAAAUUUACAUUUUUUGAGAUGUUAUGCUCAUGUUUACUGAACAAUACUGAUGGAGAUCAAAAUUUACUAGUUUUAGGAAUGUCAAUCUGCAGAACUUGAGGUUAAUUUUCCUCCAACAAGAGGGGAAUAAUGUAACCUAGUCGAUGUGAGACCCACGAGAAGAUGAUAAAUUGAUUACUAGUGUUAAGUACUUUGUCUUUGAUUUAAUAUUUUUAUAUUUUCUUUCUUUUAGGACUUUUAAUGGCUUUAGUGAUAAGACUUGAGUUUUUUAGGUAUCUAUGCUGGGUAGGAAUUAGGAUUGGUUUGUGAAAGUUUCCACACAUUUUCAUGAUUAUCUACAGACUACACAACCUAUAAAUAGGCUCUAUUGCUGUAAAACGAAUUUGGUAUCACAUGCAUGAAUAAAAUUAGAUUUGAUUGAUGCAUCUCCCUCCCUCUCUGUGUUGCUGUUGCUUUUUCAUCCUAAAUCUCUCUCUUCUCAGGUGGCGGUUCUCUUCUCCUCUAUGUUUCUCUCGUCUCUACCUCCCUCUCUCUUCUUUACUCUUCAUUUUCCCCUAUUCUCUUAUAUCUCCACUUUUCAUAUAUUUAUAUUCUGUCUUAUUCAUUGUCCUUGACUUUCUUGCUAUCUUUUCUCUCUUCAUUAUAUUCUUCUUCUAUUUUAUCUCAUUGUUCUUCUCAUCUCCUGUCUUAUCUUAUUCUUCUACUCUCUUUCAUCUUUCUCAUCUCCAUCUUGUAAUAUGAAAAAACAAAAAACAUCAUAUUAUUUUCCCAAUCACGUGUUCGAAGAAAUUCUCAUAAAGGCCAUGCUACUUUAUGUGUGUUUGUAUGUAUAUGUAUGUGCACACAUACGCAUGCAAGUAAAUAUCAAGAAUUAAGGUGUCUGCAUGAGUUUUUGUCUCCUUCACAAUAUAUAUAUACUCUUUCACGUAAGCCGUUAUGUUGA